AUGGUUGAUAUCAUCAUCUUUGCUGAUACCUUUGAAGAACAUCUUGACAGGUUUAAGAAGGUAUUUAAGAGACUAAAAGACUGUGGAUUCAAGCUUCCUCCAGAUAAAUGUAGUUUCUUCAAGGACAAGAUCAAGUUUUUAUGUCAUAUCAUUUUGGAACAAGGCAUCGAACCAGAUACAGCUGAAGUUGAAAAGAUAAAGACAUGGCCCCCACCAAAGAAUCCAAAUGAAGUGAGACAGUUUCUUGGAUUUUUAGGGUAUUAUCAGAGAUUUGUGCAGAACUUUGCUGCGAUCACCAAGCCCCUGUCAAGUCUUAUGCCUCCACCAACGCAGACAAAGAGAACAAGAAAGAAAUUGAGUCAACAACCAUGGACAUGGGGACCUGAGCAAGACAAGGCAUUCCAUUACUUGAAAGAACUUCUGGUUUCACCUCCUAUUCUUGCCUAUGCAGAUUACAGUCUACCAUUUGAGCUCCAUACAGAUGCCAGCACACAUGGACUUGGCGCUGUUUUCUAUCAAGAGCAGGGUGGCCAGAGACGAGUGAUUGCGUAUGCUAGUAGAGGACUGAACAAAGCUGAGAAGAACUAUUCUGCACAUCGUCUAAAGUUUCUAGCUUUGAAGUGGGCAAUUACUGAAAAGUUCAACGAUUACCUCUAUGGUACCAAGCUCAGAGUCUAUACAGAUAUUAACCCGUUGACCUACAUUCUCACUUCAGCAAAGCUUGAUGCAACAGGACAUCAGUGGUUAGCAGCCUUGGCAGCCUAUGACUUUGACAUCACGUACCGCCCAGGGAUUAACAAUGCAGAUGUAGAUGCUUUGCUCAAGAUCUCAAGUAAUCUCCAUCUUCAGCAGGGAAUUAUCGACAGAGAACUAAUAAUCAACGGACAAGCCAUACAACAGUUGGUAAUACCGACAGACUACAUUCAAGAUGCAUUAGAAGGUCUUCAUAACAACGUGGGUCAUCCAGGAAGAGACAGAACCUUGGCACUCUUGAGAGACAGAUUCUUCUGGCCAGGUAUGUCUAAGGAUGUUGAUGACUGGAUUAAGAAUUGCAGAAGAUGCAUCUGUCGGAAGACUCCAACCAACCAGAGAGCUCCACUCAUUCGAAUCGAGACUACUCAGCCACUAGAGCUAGUGUCCAUGGAUUUCUUGGACCUUGAACCAUGCAAAGGAGGGAAACACAAUGUGUUAGUUGUUACGGACCACUUCACUAGAUAUGCACAGGAAUAUGUUACCAGCUACAUGGCAGCCAAAGCCACAGCUAAAGCCUUCUUUGACAUCUUCGUUGUGCAUUAUGUGAUUCCACAGUGGAUACACUCUGAUCAAGGUGCUUACUUUGAUGGGAAUCUCAUAAAGGAAUUGUGCUUACUUACCGGCAUGAAGAAGUCCAGAACCACACCGUAUCAUCCCAUGGGCAAUGGCAUGUCCCAACCUAAGCCUGUACCAAGGCCUAGAUGGUCUAAGCCACAACCAAAGCCAGAGACACUCCUAGAUGAAGACAUUAGUCAGGAAGACAUCAUUGUAGAGAUCCACACCCCAAAUAGAGAUGGUGCAGCUGCUGGUAUCCCCACAGAUACCAAUCAGGAUGUUCCUGCAGAUGUGGAUACUGCUACUCAGGCAAGUGGUGACGAUCAUGAGGCUGAGGCAGCAGUGGAGAACGUUUCUGGUGACGACAGUCACAUCCCAGGAGUUGGAGAAACAGAGGUGAAUCCUACUGAUGAUGAAGUGGAUGAAGAUGCUGGUGCUACUACUCCAGAUCUAUACGAAGAUGAUGUCAUCCCUGAAGCUGAAGCUGAAACUAAAGAUGAUGAUACUGUUCUGGAUCAAGUUCCUUCAGCUGAAGCAGAACAUGUCGACGAGAUGGGUGUCACAGGUGAUGCUGUUAUAGAUACUGAUGGAGCUGAUGUUGUUCCACGAAGGUCAACACGUGAGCGACACCCUCAAAGUUGGGUGCGUUCAGGGCAGUAUGCGCUUAGUCAUGCAGCAGUAGAGCCAGAUUGGAUGGUUAGGGUUCGUUACCUGGAGCAUUUAACGAGCGCUGGAACAUUGGAACAGACUACACCGGACAUCACGAAAGCAUUUAUAUCUAUUCUAACUCGCCAAAACUCAGAAUGA